CCACUAGAGGGCCCUCAGCGCUGACUUGAGGUACUGAUUUGCGCAUGCGCGUAGCGCCCGCGGAAAUUCAAACUCUCGAGCGCUGUUGACAGGCAGAGACGUUUGAAAACUGCACAAACUUUCACACGGUUAUUUUACUGAGGUGAAAAGAUUUAUGAAAAGAUGGAAAAUCAGAAGAGACCGAGAGAUCCACUGGAGGAAAACGCCUCAGCCUCUACUGAACUGGAAAAUGUGUUAAAGAAAAGGCGCCUAGCAACAGGAGAAGAAAACCUGGACCCUACGAAAUCCCCCGCCAGGACCCGCUUGAGAUUGGCAGAGCUGGAAGUGAAACCGGACACCCCAGCCAUAGUCUCCAUACGGUCCAGGGUCCAACAGCUUAGCCAGAGACGAGAAAGUGACAAUUCAGGUGGAACCAGUCUGAUCCAGCGCUGCUUGUCUGACCCUGGAUCUGAGGGCUUCACUCGCUCUAUAGCCACAGAUAUCUGUCAUAUCGGUGAGGGAGAGUUUAGCUCCCGCCAACAGCGCUUUAAACCUCCAACACCCCUGAACAGUCCAAGUCGCUCCACUCCCAGCGGGCGCAAUCUUUCUAGAUUUGUGCAUGGCAUCCAAGAGCGGCUUAACACUGCAGUUACACCCAGCAGUAAAGAGGCCUCCCGUAUCCGCCAGGCUCGUGUGGAUGAGUUACGUACCUUAAAGGUUCAGCCCGUGUCAGAGAACAUGUGGUUGAAGAGAAGUCUAUCUGAUUCAUCUCUCACUGAGAGGGGCUCGCCAGCGACAACCUCACCCUGGAUGCACAGGAAAACUCGAAAACUCCAAUGGCCUUCGUUACAGCCCGGGAGUGAAGAGCUCAAGGAAUCAGAAUUCAGCUCCUGUGAGGUUGACCGUCAGGUGUUGGAGGGAAGUCUGAACACAACGCCACCAUGUACUGAGGAGAUUCCCCACCUUGAACUUAGUUCAUCUGCAGAUCCUUCGACUAUGAGCACUUCUGCUCUGAUUGACAAGAUGUUUGAGGAUGUCUUGCAACAUGCAGAUGAAGAAGAUGAAAAGAAGGAAGAGGAAGAAUAUGAAAAAAAUGAAGAGGAAGAAGAGAAGAAUAAUAGAAAUUCAUCAGGAUCUGAGAGGGAAGAUGAAGACACAGUCGAAUUAAGUCUGUCCUCUGAAGACCAUAGUGAGAUAUGUGAGGAGAAUGAAGAAACUCCUGAUGGCAGUUCUACGAUGGUUGAAGAGAAGCCCCGGCCUGGUGAUGGUGGUGAUGGAGAGAUGGAGCAGAACAUAGAGAUGGUUGAAGAGAAGCUCCAGCCUGUUGAAUGUGGUGAUGAAGAGAUGGAGCAGAACAUAGAGAUGGUUGAAGAAAAGCUCCAGCCUGGUGAUGGAAAGAUGGAGCAGAACAUAGAGAGCACCUCCAUGAGUGCGGAAGACGACUUUCUGACCCUGCCGCCCAGCUGUAUCCUCUCUCCUCUGAGCAAAUCUGUGGAGGCUGUUGUCACACCAAUGAAGAUUGAAAUCGCCGCGGUUGAGCCUUCAGUCCCACCGGUCUCGCCUGAUGAAGACGCUCUCCACACAGCUGACCUGGCUCCACCUCUGUACAGCAUCGACGCCUACCGCUUACAGAGAAAGAUCCACCCUCCCUCCAACAUGACCACUGGGGUUCAGAAGCAGGUUCAUGAGAAAAUAAGCCCAAAGGAGUCCAUCAACAUCAAAGAAAGAAUUAAGGCUUUGAAUGAGGAGGCAGCCAAGUUGCAUACGGUCAUCACGCAGACGCUUCAGGCUCUAGGCUGUUGCAGUGAUGAGGAACAUGGGAAGGGUUCACUGCAGGAGGCCGAGGCUGAGAAACUUCUUCUCGUUUCUUGUGAGAAGCGGGCAGCCUUACUGGCAGAGGUCAGCAGGCUGAGAGAGGGUGAGUCUGGAGAGCCGGGCUCCCAUAAUGCACCUCUCCAGCCCUGCAGGGGCACCGUUAGCAUCAGCAGCAUUCAGCUGCCUCUCAAAGUGGAGUUUGUGUGCUCUGGUCGUACAGGUCGCCCAACACACUACUUCUUUGUUCUGAUUCGUUAUGGCGCAUGUAACAUCGUGGCCACACCAUUGGCAACAGCCGCAGAUGCACAGAAUGGAGACACCAUCACCUUUCCCACCUCUAUCACACUACAAGACAUUCGUUCCAAUUUUGAGAUUGAUGUCGAGGUGUACAGUUUGUCUAAUACUCAGAGUAAUACCUGCAGCAUUAACACUCAGCAGUUUCGCAGCUCAACAAAGUCAAGGGUGACGCCCAAGAAGAUACUCCACAGCAUCACAAAAUCCAGCCAGAGUGUAACACCUACUACUUUACCUGGCCUGAGCCUCCAGCGCUCCAGUAACUUUAAAUUAGUGGGCUCUCACAAAGUCACACUAAAUUCACUGGGACAGAGCAAGUUUCCUCUGGAUAAGAUGAAAUUUGAAGGCAAAAUCAGACGACUCCUUGGCGAUGAGUUUCAGGAAAAGGUUCCUUUUCUUUCUCCUUUAGAGGGACACAUCUAUCUGAGGCUGCACAGUGAAGGCCACUCCAACGUCCAGCACCAGGGGUUUUUGACCAUGUUUGAGGAUGUAAGUGGUUUCGGAGCCUGGCAAAGGUUGUACUUCUGUCUUGAGGGAGGACACCUGCUGUACUGGAACCAUCCUAAUGAGAUGGGGGACAAGCCAUCAGAUGGCAGUCUCUCUCUCUUUGGCUUCAACAGUGUCAGGCCCGUGGAGAGGGAAUGUUGUGCACGGCCACACACAUUUGAAUUGGUUGAAACAAUUGCUGAGGAGCAGCAAGAGAACCAGACCUUAAAGAAAUGCUGGUUUUCAGCAGACACUCGAGAAGAAAGGGCAGACUGGAUGGAGAAACUGAGUCAAACCAUACUGGACUUUCAAACCUGGAACAGGAAACCUGUUUCUAAUGACAACCGGGCCAGCACGUCCUGCAACAGCGGGACCUCUCGUGAGAGCAUACUGUAAAACCACACAAACCUAAAUGCCUUACAAUUACUAACACUAAGAAAGUAGAUCAGUAUAGAUCAUACGUGGCACUUUCUAAUAUGAAGAUCUUAUGAGAAUAAAGUGAGGAGCAGCCCGAUAAUGCUCUUUUAUUCUCUAUUAAGCUUGUUGUUUUAAUAAUGCAUCAUUAUCUGCUUUAUUAAGAUGAUUUGGUAAUAUACAGUAUAUACAUUUUCUACUAUAGUGCUGCUCCUAGUAAUGCACUGUCAUUUGUUUUAGCUACAAUCCUAAUCAAACAUACCAGAACAAGAUAAAUAAGGAUGAAUUCAGAUAAAUGGGACACUUUUUGAAGUAUUUUCAAUGCCUGUAAGUCUCCAUAUCGACCUUGAAAAUUACAGGCAGAUAUGCUUGAUUUGGGUAAAUGCUAAACUCUGCAGGACAGUGGCUUUCUAGAUGAAUGAUUGAACGUCCUUGUAUUACUUUAUUAGACACUAGAUUAGAUUUUUGGUCUGAUAUUACUUAUCAUUUCAUAUCUACAUGCAAAAUACUAAAUAGUAAACCAGUUUUUACAUUACAACUAUUAAUGACACUUUAAUGAUGCGUUAAGGUAAGAUGUUGAAAGAUAAGCCAUGUAGGCUGACUAUAGAUUUGCAUGUUUACGAAGUUAUUCUGUUAAGGGGCUGUUUUGAAUGUUCAUUUAUCUGCCUUUUUCAGACAUUUAUUAUUUCACUGUGAUUACGUGAAGGUUUUGCAUUUAAUGCAAUAAUUUUGAAACGAGGAUUUGUUUAAACUUAUUCUCGUGUGUAGGGGUUAAAUGAAUAGUUUACUUCAUUAUUAGAAAAGCACUACUAGGCUAAAAUGUUUUAUUUUUAUUACUUUUCAUUUACUUUGGGAACACUUCAUACUGCAGACUUUAUCUAGAAGGGAGAAUCGUUUUAAUUUGUAUAUAUGAAAUAAGUCAUGAUAGUAUUGCUUAGUCAUUUUGGGAGAAGGAUUUCAUAUCUCUCCAUGAGUAUUGAUAAUUAUAUACUUUAAGCAGAAAGGAUUUUGGGAGUACCUAGCCAUGCAUUAUAUUUGCGGAGUACACUUUCAUUGGGAGGCAGUUUGACCAACAGUAUUGUGUCACAUGAUUAUGUGUUUUAAUGUUGGUUCAAACUCGGAUAUGAUUGUAAUCUGGGGUUCUUGGGUGAGAAUCUGGAAUGUGUAAGUGCCAAAAAAAAAAAAAACACUAGAGAGCUUGUAAUUGUAUAGCUUUAAUAUCCAUAUACUGUAGUAGUUAACAGUGCAAGCGAUUUAUUUUUCAGUGUGUGUAUUGGAGAGUGAUGUAUGAUUGAGCAACCUAUUAAUGGAGCUUUAUUGGAGGCUUCAUUAGAUUGUAUUUGUUUGUCUUCAUACUUCAUAGAGUUCCCCCUCUCUACAUACACUUUGUUUCUAUGUGCUGUGUUUGUCCCAUAUAUGUGUUUUUCCCAAGGCUCUCAUAUUCUAUUGCUGUGUUAAACUCUAUGAAAUAUCCUGGUAAAGGUACUAUAAAAUAAAUAUGGCUAUUAAG